GUGCGGAUCUGUGGUGGAGAAGGUAUCAUUCCUCUCUAACAUCAUCUCCACUUUGCAUCUGUCUCUCUUAGUCUGCUUUUUUUCCACCGAUGUAACAGACCUGGAGCCAGCAAGACUCAGAGGAAAAGCCUUAAUCAGGUUUAUGUGUCCUAAAGGUUAUGAAGACAGUAUGGAGUUUCCAGACCACAGUAGACAUUUGCUGCAGUGUCUGAGCGAGCAGAGACACCAGGGUUUUCUUUGUGACUGCACUGUUCUGGUGGGAGAUGCCCAGUUCCGAGCGCACCGAGCUGUACUGGCUUCAUGCAGCAUGUAUUUCCACCUCUUUUACAAGGACCAGCUGGACAAAAGAGACAUUGUUCAUCUGAACAGCGACAUUGUUACAGCCCCCGCUUUUGCUCUCCUGCUUGAAUUCAUGUAUGAAGGGAAACUCCAGUUCAAAGACUUGCCCAUUGAAGACGUGCUAGCAGCUGCCAGUUAUCUCCACAUGUAUGACAUUGUCAAAGUCUGCAAAAAGAAGCUGAAAGAGAAAGCCACCACCGAGGCGGACAGCACAAAGAAGGAGGAAGACGCUUCAAGUUGUUCGGACAAAGUCGAGAGCCUCUCGGAUGGCAGCAGCCACAUGGCCGGCGAUCUGCCCAGCGACGAAGACGAGGGGGAAGAGGAGAAACUGCACAUCCUGCCCGGCAAAAGGGACUUGGCGGCCGAGCCUGGGAACAUGUGGAUGCGAUUGCCCUCGGACGCCGCAGGCCUCCCCCAGGCUGGCGGCGAGGCCGAGCCCCACGCCACGGCAGCUGGGAAAACAGUCGCCAGCCCCUGCAGCUCCACCGAGUCUUUGUCCCAGAGGUCUGUCACCUCCGUGAGGGAUGCGGCAGAUGUUGACUGUGUGCUGGACCUGUCUGUCAAGUCCAGCCUUUCGGGAGUUGAAAAUCUGAACAGCUCUUAUUUCUCUUCACAGGACGUGCUGAGAAGCAACCUGGUGCAGGUGAAGGUGGAGAAAGAGGCUUCCUGUGAGGAGAGUGAUGUUGGCACUAAUGACUAUGACAUGGAACAUAGCACUGUGAAAGAAAGUGUGAGCACUAACCCCCGGGUACAGUACGAGCCGGCCCAUCUGGCUCCGCUCAGGGAGGACUCGGUGCUGAGGGAGCUGGACCGCGAGGACAAAGCCAGCGACGACGAGCUCAUGACCCCGGAGGGCGAGCGCGUCCCGGUGGAGGGCGGCAUGGAGAGCAGCCUGCUGCCCUACGUCUCCAACAUCCUCAGCCCCGCCGGCCAGAUCUUCAUGUGCCCCCUGUGCAACAAGGUCUUCCCCAGCCCCCACAUCCUGCAGAUCCACCUGAGCACGCACUUCCGCGAGCAGGACGGGCUGCGCAGCAAGCCGGCCGCCGAUGUCAACGUGCCCACGUGCUCGCUGUGCGGCAAGACCUUCUCGUGCAUGUACACGCUCAAGCGCCACGAGCGGACCCACUCGGGCGAGAAGCCCUACACGUGCACGCAGUGCGGCAAGAGCUUCCAGUACUCGCACAACCUGAGCCGCCACGCCGUGGUGCACACGCGCGAGAAGCCGCACGCCUGCAAGUGGUGCGAGCGCAGGUUCACGCAGUCCGGGGACCUGUACAGGCACAUCCGCAAGUUCCACUGCGAGCUGGUGAACUCGUUGUCGGUCAAAAGCGAGGCGCUGAGCCUGCCUGCCGUCAGGGACUGGACCUUGGAGGACAGCUCCCAAGAACUGUGGAAAUAAUCUCACCCGUCUAUAUAAAUAAUAUAUAUACAUAUAUAUAAAUAGAUCUCUAUAUAGUCGUGGUACGGUCUAAAAGCAGUCUUGUUUCCUGGAACUAAAAAGUUGGGAUAUUAACUUGUUUUUGCACUUUAGACUAGCAUGAGAAUCUCACUAAUUUAGCAUUCUGAUAAAAGCGACUUUAGAGCGCGUC